AUGGCUUUUGUGACAACCACAUCCUUCUCACGAGUACGGCCCAAAGACAAGUUGACAAUGUGUGCCCGCCGGUCACCGAAGCGAGCUCCUCGAUGGACAAGUAUGGCCCGUUCGCAUCCGUAUGGAAACGGUGGCCUCCCGGACGAACCAGACUAUACCGGCUGGGACAGGGAGGCCCUAAUGAAGGAAAUAGCCGAGGCUGAGGCCAACUUUGUACCGGCGGAUCCAGAUGGGAUGAAGAAGUGGGUCUUAGUGAUGGCAGCGGACAUCAUCCAAUGGAACAACAACUUGUUCAAAGCGUCCAAGGAGCAAGGCUUCGAGUGGGACCUUAGCGGUAUAAAUGUCGUAGCCAUCCACGAGAACAUCGCUCGUAAAUGCAUCGAGCCAGAUACGACUGACUUGUGGAUUUUGUUGAUGGGAGAAGAUGGGGUGCUCUCUUUUGGUAUUCACGACAAGGACCAGUCGGUGGACGAGGGCGAUGAGGUGCUCCUGACAUUUACAAUGAAGGACGAAGCGCUGCGCUUUGCGGAUCAACUGAUUGCAGAAGGGAUGGAUCCCAAGCUUCGGCUAGUACCGAUCCCGGCAUUGAAAGAGUUCUGCAGGAAAGACGGGAUGAUACUCGGCUUGGUGCCGGCGAAGACAUUAGUAACUCCUGGCCAGUUUGACAGAGCAUUUUAGUUGGUAGCUACUGAGCCUGAUUUUUCUCCUGCAGCACCUUGGUGGUGUCUUGCAGGGAGGAGUGGAUGCGUUGAAGAGCGCUUGAAGCCGGCUCGCCGUGUUCCCGAAUCAUAUUGGUGGCGUCACGGAUAUCGAGCACAGCCUCGGAGAGAGCGCCGCGGCGUUGGGCAGUGGUGUUCGCUAUUCCGGCCAGAGCAGGGACCGCCCGGGAUUGCGCGUGGGACGUAAGAUAGUGCAGACCGACGGAGGGCUCGUGGGCGAGCCGGACGAAGUACUGCGGGACGGUUUGCGACAGCCGGGUCGCGGUUGGUUGCGGUGGGGCCCCCGAGGUGCGAGGAGGAGGUAUGCGAGUAUGCGGAGUUGUCAUGAUGAUACGGUAGACGAAGCAACGUGUUGUAGAGCUUUCAGAAGGUAUAGAAAAGCGACUGUUGCCGAGGCUACCCUCCGAAAUCGAAGUCUGUUUGAUCCACUGUACUUUUUUUAGUUCAAGUGCUUCUCGGCACCUGUGUGUACACGUGUUACACGGAUUAGUGUGCCACGCUUGCUUUCAUUACUAUACUUUCAUUACUACUGCUUUCA